AUGUGGCGGAGGACUUCCUUCGUCGCGUCCCUGGCGGUGUGCCUCGUUGCUCUGUUUCAAGUAGCCUAUGCCGUCAAGUUUGAACUGCCUGCUAGUAAGCACCCGAAGCCUCUCUGUAUAUGGAACUAUGCCCUGGCAGAUACGCUAGGUAUUAUUUCUGUCAACGUCGUGCCGCGUGUCUCCAAGACAGCCGACCAACAGAACGUCGAGGUGCGAAUCGUUGACAGAACGCACCACAAUGUGUAUUUAAACAAAAAGGGCCUCAAGGGUGAGACACGACUUGCCAUCAAUACCCAUCACAACGCCGAUUUGGGCGUGUGUCUUUCCAACUACGGCAACGACGACCUGGUAUCGGAUAUUGAUCUCGAUGUGCAUCUAGGUGGCGAUGCAGUAGACUACAAUGCUAUUUCUAAUCAAGAAUCCUUGUCAGGUAUGGAGACGGAGCUUCGCAAGCUGGCGUUAAUUGCUGAUGAGAUACUCGAGGAAAUGGAAUUUCUCAAGUUGCGUGAAAUGCGCAUGGCCGAUACACAAGCCUCUACAUUGAAGCGGGUGCAUGGAUUUUCCUGGAUCAUGAUCUUUUCGCUAAUUGGCCUCGGGAUAUGGCAAGUGUAUCACCUUCAUGGCUUCUUCAAGCGCAAAUACCUUAUCGAUUAG